CUUACUUUUUGUUCUCACCUCAUUUACCUGCUUUAAAAAAAAAAACCCAACAUCUAUUCUCUUCCCUUGAGAUUUUCAAAUUUACUGCAGUUGAGACUCUGCAGAAGCACUUAAAGGACUUGUGUUGAGAUACAGCUUUUCUUAAACCAGCGUUUGAACAGUCAAAGGGGCUGUCUUUGCUUUCUGAAUGAGAUACACAAUAACUGAUUGCAAACCUUAUCUGAAAUCUGGCUGUCAGUAAUGUAGGAGAUGCUUGAAAGGAAGCUAAUCCAAGCUCUUCCUAGUUGCAGCUGCAGCAUUUUGACUGAUUCUAAGAUGUUCCAAGCCACUGAACUAUUGGAUUGAACCAUUUAAGUUUUUUUAGUGGUUCAAUGCAAUCCAAGACCCUGUGCUUUUCCUUUUGAAGAAAUGCAUUGACAUAAACAAGAACUGGAUAUAAUUUCUUGGAGGCAAUAAUAAUAAUAAUCAUCCCUAGAAGAUCUGCUGUGCAAGACCUCUAAAGCUAUCAUUUAGAAGAUUACUCACCAUCCUACUCAAGAGAUAAAACAACUUCAAAGUCUAUUGUUUAAACAAUAAGGAGAGCUAAUAAUAUUUUUUGGCCUUAUUGGUUUUGCCUGCGAGCUCAAGUGAUUAGUCCAGUUUCUUUUUGGGUUCCUUUCAUGAACUGGGAUAUAAAUAAAGCCUCUUUUGAACACAGCAACAUCAGAAGAAACUUUUAGGAACGUUAAUGCACUGUUCAGCCCACUGGAUUUGCAGUUGACAUUUAAUGGGGCCAUUGUAUGUCUCCUGAACUUGUUAAAGACACUGUCUGCAGCCAUAAACUUUUUUAAAAAUUUAAUUUAUUAAGUAAAGAUCUGAAGUGCAAACGACUUUGGGCUAAAAACAGUUUUGUCAUAGAAGCGUUCUAAAGUUAAAGAAUGGCUGCUGAUCAACCAGCGUCUUUAGUAGAACGUAUUCCAUACCCAAGAUCCAUGUCAGUCAGUUUACCAAUUGACCACCCUGGGGUACCAUUGGCAGAUACAUUUAGAGUGCCAUUUCAUUUUGAACCAUCCUACCUCGAGCAGGCUUACAGUCAUGGAUACUCGAGGACACUUUCAUACAUGCCAUUUACCGGUCACCUCGGGGUCUACGACUACUCAUUCGAACCGGCUUUCAUCCGGAAACGCAACGAAAGAGAAAGACAAAGGGUUCGGUGUGUCAACGAGGGCUACUCGCGGCUUCGGGAGCAUCUGCCGCAGGAGUUAGAGGACAAACGACUUAGCAAAGUCGAGACCCUGAGAGCGGCAAUUAACUACAUCAAACACCUCCAAGGCUUGCUGGAUCUUCAUGCAUCAGGUUUGUCAUCAAGUAAAGAAAAACAGAUCUCCAGUUCUUCAAGUCCCUCGCAGAGAACAGAGAGCAACAGCGACGGGGAAUCCAAGACUUCUGCAACCUCCUCACCCUACAGCGAUUCAGGCGACAUGAGUAGAUAGAAAGAAGCACACAGAGUCCUUUAAUGAAAUACAUAGACUUUGAGAAACUUGGCCAGAAGCACCAAUUCAACUGAACCAAAUACCAAAGCUUCCAUUUCAAUUGUGCUGCAAAUAAUAGCUAUGCAGAUAUUAAUAAUGAACAGAACAAAAUGAAUGUUCUGUAAUUGGAAUAAAAAUACACAAAAAAGCAUCACAAACAAUUAAAUAUACAGCUAUUAGUUUGUUGACAUAGAACGUUGCUAUUGGAAACACUUGUAGUAAUACCAAA